AACCAAAUAAUAUCCCUUCAUUCUCCACUCCCCAUUUAACACUAGCAGUGAAGACGGCAAAUUACUCUCCAUUUUCUCUCAUACAUACUCCGUAAGACCACCUGAUCAUUCAUAUCUUAAAAACUGAUAUCCAUAUGUGGAAUUUUGCAUCCAAAUGUCUAGCUGGCACAUGUGGGCUACCAUUUCGCAACCGCUUCAGAAAACUAACGCAAGGCGUUCAAGAAUCAUCAGACGACGAAACAUCUUCCAUAAUCAGUAAAGACGACGGACUAGAGUGCCCUAUAUGUUGCGAAUCCUUCAACAUAGUCGAAAACGUACCUUACGUUUUAUGGUGCGGCCACUCGCUAUGCAAAAACUGCGUAUUAGCUCUUCCCUGGGCCGUCGUCAAGGCCCAUCCUGUACCCGUUCGGUUACCCCUUCUAAUAACCUGCCCCUGGUGCAACCUUCUAUCGCCCCGUGUUGUACUAAAAGGAACCUUAAAGUUUCCUAGAAAGAACUACUUUCUUUUGUGGAUGGUUGAGAGAAUGAGCAGUGGAACUGUUAAAGUGAAUGAUGCACCAAAGUUGACUUUAAGUGAUGGUCAAACGGGUCGAUCGUCUGGGCCCGUUGUGGGCUAUAGUCGGGUUGUUGGGGUGCAUUCGUCGAUUCGGAAGGUGGUGUUUUUGUUGGUUGAAGUGAGCGCGAAGUUUCCGUUGGUGUUGGUGUUUUUGCUGAUUGUGUUGUAUGCAAUUCCUGCAAGUGCAGUGAUACUUGUUGUGUAUGUGCUGCUAACUGUUUUGUUUGCUGUUCCUUCUUUUUUGGUUUUGUAUUUUUCUUAUCCUAGUUUGGAUUGGUUGGUGAGGGAGAUUGUGGGUUAGUUAAGUUGGCUGUUUUGUUCUUGGUUUUUGUGGUUGAAUGAGUGAAUUUGUGAAAAUUGAUUGUUUAAGAAAUUAGAAAUAGAAGAAUUUCAUCAAAUUCUGUUUU